GGGUUAUGGACGAGUCAAAACGUUUGUAUGAACUUUACAAACUUUAGUGUAAAUAAUAUCAUUUGAAAUAUUUGUUUUCAGGUUUUAUAGUAGGUAUAUUAUAUUGAAAAAAUACUUUACUCUGCGAAACGUUGAUAUAACUUUUCUGAAUAUCUUAACAGGGAGAAGUAUUCUACGACAUGGCGACAGGUAGGAAGGGAAGUUAUGGUACCACCUACGUCAAAGCUACGCACGUUUCCCAGUGGCAAAGCCUAAUGAGGGAUUUUACUCGUGCACGUGAAAUUAAAUGCCAAGCAGCACCACUGGAUGUAACGACCCGCUCUCGACGCAUGAUCAAGGAUUUCAGCACUGGCUCCAAUUAUGAAGGCGAGUUUGACUAUAUGGGCAUGAAUGGCUAUGGAGAGUAUACAUUUCCCAAUGGAGUCCGCUAUGAAGGCAGUUUCAAGGACGGACGUAUGCACGGCAAAGGCUCCCUGUGCUAUGCUACCGAGGUCGGUACAUGCGUUAUUCGUGGCAAGUUCCAUCACGGCAUCAUGGUCGAGAGGUCACUGCUCUUCUCCGAUACCCUGGAGCAUAAUGAGGACAAUUGGAAGUACUGCUUGAUGCCUGAUAGAAGAUUUGCCGUAGAAUACGACAUAGAUUUGAUGCCAGCUGGCAAAUCAUUCCUGACUGCCGAUCAACCUACAAAAGAGAUACCCCCGGGUUAUUAUGACACGGGCGAUGGCUUCUACAAUCCAAUAACUAAAGUCAUAUGCAAGUAUGAGGAUCUCAGUGCCAUUACGAGAGCCCCAUCAGAGCGUGAGCAGCAAUGGAUACUAGAUAACUGUCGCAUUGGUACUGAGACCCCUCUAGGUGCUCGGAUGGACCUGUACGAGCGAUGGUUGGAGCCGGCCUGGAUCCUGGCGCCUCAACCGCCUCCGGCUGCUGGCAUCAAGACCUCUACUAUGACUUCCUUCAAGCGACAAUCUAUAAUAAGUACUUCUGAGUUCGACUAUGACAAGAAGCCAGCAUUCUACGACGCUGCAAAGACUGCUAAUUUGGAAGAAUUUAUGCCCAAGCGUAGAUUCAGGCUCGCUCAUGAUAAUAUCGGAUAGAAGAUUAUAUUUUUUUCACGGAAGUAGGUAGAUACGUACCUGUUUUAAACCUGUUUUAUAAAAUUAAGUAUUUCAGUUUAUUUCGCAAUCGUUUCUAAAAUAUUAUUACAUUGAUUAUUCUGUUAAAAUUAUUUUCUUAAUUUUAUUGAAACGAAUCAUUGUUGAAUCAAUAUUGCUUAAUAUU